UUUUGUCACGUUUAAUGCAUCAGCAUACCUGAUAGGAUCACCUCACUGUGGAAUUCAUUAGCAUUCCUGGUGAGUCAAAUAUUUUAUCCUUCCUACCACUUGCUAUCAGAUUCCUUGCAACCCAGUGUUAUUGCCCGUAUCCACUGUACAGAGGCACGAGGAAUCGCGAUGCGCUGAGCAGCUUUGAGCAGGCUCGGCUCCUAACUCACCCAUGACCCUCCCCCUCAUCUCUACUCGGUUGGUCGGGUUAACGGACCGAGACCAUAUAGAGAGCUCCGCUCUCCGAAGCUCCAGCUCCUUGCCUGCCUGAGCCUUUGAUGGGAUUGCGAGCACAUCUCGGAACAUCUUGCGGUGCAGAGUUCGGGACAGGCGAUAUUUCCUGGUACAGACUGACUGGAGCGCUUCGUUCAUGAGAAACCACGCUUCAGCACCACGGCCAGCUCCUCCUCCAGCCACGAAAAUGGCAUAGCGCGCCGCGGGAGCAGGGCGCCGUGCGGAGCCACCUCUCCUUCGUCUUUGCAAAGGAUUCUGACGCCGGAAAGCUGGGGGCAGCGCUCAGUUCUCAGUGAGGCAGAGGCUCUCCGUUUUCCCUCCUGGCGUCCCGGGAGUGUGAGAGUCGGCAGCGAUGUGGCAGAUGCCGGGCACAGACGUGAUCAAAAAAUCCACGGGAGCCUCCAGCCGAUGUCCCGUCCAGUCAGGCUGCAGUCGCCUCCCCUCCUGCUAACCCUUACAUCGCCGGGGCAGCCGAGCCUUGAUGCGCCUGGUCCAAGUCUUCCAGCCCGUUCCGAGGAAAGCAGCAGAGCAGGGAGCGGCAGCAUGAAGCCGCGGGAGAUCCAAGCUUCUUGCCGACGCUGGCUCCUCGCCGCCAAGUGUUGCUGGCUCCUGGCAGUGAUGCAGAAAAGCCAAGCCCAGGAACAUGCCCAUUCCAUCCGGCUGGAAGGCGACCUCAUCCUCGGGGGUCUCUUCCCAGUCCACGCCCGGGGGUCGUCAGGGACCGCUUGCGGCGAGAUCAAGAAAGAGAAGGGUAUUCACAGGAUGGAAGCCAUGCUACACGCCGUGGACCAACUCAACCGCGACCCUGACAUCCUGACCAACAUCACCCUGGGCGUCCGCAUCCUGGACACCUGCUCCAGGGACACUUACGCCUUGGAGCAGUCGCUGACUUUCGUCCAAGCCCUAAUCGAGAAGGACGCCACCGACGUGAGAUGUGCCAGUGGUGAGCCCCCCAUCAUCGCCAAACCCGAUAAAAUCGUGGGAGUUAUAGGUGCCUCUGGAAGUUCCGUCUCCAUCAUGGUCGCCAACAUCCUGAGACUUUUUAAGAUCCCUCAGAUCAGCUAUGCGUCAACUGCUCCUGAGCUGAGUGACAACAGCCGGUAUGACUUCUUCUCCCGAGUGGUUCCUCCUGACUCAUACCAAGUUCAAGCAAUGGUGGAUAUUGUUACAGCCCUUGGAUGGAAUUAUGUCUCCACUCUAGCCUCUGAGGGUAACUACGGAGAAAGCGGUGUGGAGGCAUUUAUGCAGAUCUCAAGGGAAACGGAAAUCUUUCUUAAAUGGGUGUUUGGCAACCAAUGGCAAGGUAGGGUUUGCAUUGCCCAGUCACUGAAAAUCCCUCGGGAGCCAAAGCCAGGAGAAUUUGACAAAAUUAUCAAGCGCUUGCUGGAAACCCCCAACGCUCGUGGAAUAAUUAUAUUUGCAAAUGAAGAUGACAUCAACCGUCUACUGGAGGCCGCCAAAAGAUCCAAUCAGACAAAGCACUUCCUCUGGGUUGCUUCUGACAGCUGGGGUUCAAAGGUCGCGCCCGUCCACCUGCAAGAAGACGUUGCAGAAGGGGCUGUCACUAUCCUUCCCAAGAGAGCCUCAGUUGAAGGCUUCGACAGAUACUUCAGAAGCCGUACAUUGGAAAACAACAGGAGGAAUGUCUGGUUUGCAGAGUUCUGGGAGGAAAACUUCAAUUGCAAAUUAAGUUGGCAUGGGAAGCGGAAUAGCAAGGUCAAGAAAUGCACAGGGCUGGAAAGAAUCGGAAGAGACUCCUCGUAUGAACAGGAGGGCAAAGUACAGUUUGUCAUUGAUGCUGUGUACUCCAUGGCACAUGCAUUGCACAAUAUGCACAAAGAAUUGUGCCCUGGUUACAUUGGUCUCUGUCCUUCAAUGACCUCCAUAGAUGGCAAGGAACUGCUUCAGUUUAUUCGAGCUGUAAACUUCAGCGGAAGUGCUGGCACACCUGUGACAUUUAAUGAGAAUGGAGAUGCACCUGGACGAUACGACAUCUAUCAAUAUCAGAUUGCCAAUUGGUCCUCCCAUGGGUAUAGGGUAAUCGGACAAUGGACGGAUUACCUUCAUUUGAAUGUGAAGGACAUGCAGUGGGGCAGCGGACCCGCCAUUCCACAGUCGGUCUGCAGCCAGCCAUGUAAGGCCGGCGAGAGGAAGAAGACGGUGAAGGGUGUUCCGUGCUGCUGGCACUGUGAGCGCUGUGAGGGCUACCAGUACCAGAUCGACGAAUCAACCUGUCAGAUGUGUCCGUUCAACAGGAAGCCCAACGCAAAUGGCACAGACUGUCAGCUUAUCCCCAUAAUCAAGCUGGAGUGGCAUUCUCCUUGGGCAAUCGUACCUGUCUUCAUUGCUAUGCUGGGAAUCAUAGCCACCACAUUUGUCAUAACAACCUUUAUCCGUUAUAACGACACACCGAUAGUGAGGGCAUCUGGCAGGGAGCUAAGCUAUGUCUUGUUGACUGGGAUAUUCUUGUGCUAUGCCGUAACCUUCCUAAUGAUUGCAACUCCCGAUAUAGUGCUCUGUUCCUUCCGGCGAAUCUUCUUAGGGCUGGGUAUGUGCAUUAGCUAUGCAGCACUGCUCACCAAGACUAACAGAAUUCACAGAAUAUUCGAGCAAGGUAAGACAUCUGUCUCUGCUCCCAAGUUUAUCAGCCCGGCUUCCCAGCUGGUAAUCACUUUUAGCCUCAUCUCUCUGCAGCUCCUGGGAGUCUUUAUCUGGUUUGCUGUUGAUCCUCCACAUACCAUUGUAGACUAUGGGGAGCAACGAACAGUUGACCCAGAAAAUGCCAGGGGCGUUCUCAAGUGUGACAUUUCUGACCUUUCUCUCAUCUGUUCUCUGGGAUACAGCAUUCUGCUGAUGGUCACGUGUACUGUGUAUGCAAUUAAAACCAGAGGGGUUCCAGAGACCUUCAACGAAGCCAAGCCCAUUGGGUUUACCAUGUACACCACCUGCAUAAUUUGGUUAGCUUUUAUUCCAAUAUUUUUUGGCACAGCCCAGUCUGCUGAAAGGAUGUACAUUCAGACAACAACCCUUACUAUUUCCAUGAGUUUAAGUGCUUCGGUAUCCCUAGGCAUGCUGUACAUGCCUAAGGUGUACAUUAUCAUCUUCCAUCCAGAACAGAACGUGCAAAAACGCAAGCGUAGCUUCAAGGCAGUGGUGACGGCAGCCACAAUGUCAAACAAACUGUCACAAAAAGCAAGUGACAGACCAAAUGGAGAGGUCAAAACUGAACUCUGUGAAAGCCUAGAAACAAACACUUCUUCUACCAAGACCACAUAUAUCAGCUACAGCAACCAUGCAAACUGACUUGAUCGGUGAAGAGCCUGCAGUAGCCCAACGGGACUGCAUGUGUGAAAAUGACCCUCGUGUCCCAUCAUUUGGAAAGCGCUCUGGAGAGUUCGGCCUGCCGGUGGGCAGAAGGAAGAGCCGCCCCCAGCUCGGCAGAGUGAGAUGGCCCCCUGUGUAUUCCAAGACACGGGCUCCAGUGACAAGGAAGACACACAUGGGUCAUCGUGUGCUUGACAGUUUUGUCAGCAAGGAUUGUGAGCCAGAGUGAACCCAUGCCUGUUGUUCUAAUUGUAAGUUUUGUGAUUGUGCAAAUUCUUUCCUUGUUCCACUUAGUUCUGAGAGGCUCCUGUGUCCUGAGUAAUGCAAUAAACAGGGCAUUGUAUGUACCAACCAACUGGAUCACAGCAUUGCGUGGCAUCAAAUAAAUGCAAGGGUCAAAGCAUGUCAGCAUUUUAUAUGAUGGAUUUAUUUGUAAUAAAGGAAUGUUUUGCAAAAUUCAAAGAUAUUUUGGUUUGCGGGUUCAAGUGUGAUUUUUUUUAAAAAUUUUGUGCGUAUGACAUGUUCGCUUUCCCUAGAAUGAUGGAAAACCCCACUUGCAUUUCUUUCCAUUACCUCACCAACCAGAGUGGCUGGACUCUGGGCACACAGCCUGGCAACACGAGACAGUUCUGCAGCCCUUUAAACCUGCACCACUGUUCAAUCAGGUCAUGACAGGUCUUAGGUUGGGAAAGUAUUAAACUGUUCAAACUAUGUAAAACUAAGUUUUAUCAUACUUACUGUUAUGUAUAUUUACAUAAAUAUGAAACAUUUGAAAAACAAUGUUAUUUUAGUUGAAAGUUACUGAGGGGCCUGGAGACAUUUAAUUUAUACAUUCUCUACUUGCUCAACAAUACUGCCUUUCUGUUUUACCUCUCCUUUGGUCAAUUCAGUUAAUACGGGAUAACUGGUGAAUGUCCAAGUUUAUAUUUACUGUAGAUAGCACUCUUUGUGUCAGAAUCCUCUUCAGGAGCUUUAAUGAUGGUAUAGAUCCUGCAGUUACAGUGAAUAGGUCAGCCAAGGCCACCCAAACACAGCUACUCACAGGGGAAGUAGUAGGGAGAAAACAAAGAUGAUGUUUAUCCAAGUAGUUGUGUAAAUAUAUAUAUUUUUCUGGCUGAAGUAACCUAUCACAUUGGUGAUAACUCUAACCUAGGGGCUUCUUGGCCGAUCUACUGGACGUCACCAUGAGAAGCUCAGCAGCAGUACUACACGUACCCUUGUCUCUGAGCUGCAGAAACUCCAUUGUUAAGGCACCUCGAAUCACUCAGUUCAGAGUUAAUUAAAGCUGCUUGUCCUUAUUAAACACUAUCAAUUUUCACUCAGAUGAGGUAGCUUCAUUAGCACCUCAGUGCUCCCUACUAAAUUAGAUCAAGAGGCUGGGAUGUUUAUCCCUGCAUUGUAAGAAGCUGAAAGGAGAUAUUGUAAAUGUUUAUAAGAUCAUGAGGGUUGUAGCUAAGGCAAGUGGUCACAGUCUUUUACCCUGGGUUGGGGAGUCCAAUGCUACGAUUAUGAUGAGAGGGGGGAAACUUGAAAGGGUCCUGAGGGGCAACAUUCUUCCACAGAGGAAGUACCUAGGUCAAGCUGCCUGAGGAAGUGGCUGAGGCAAGUGCAAUUACAACACUUUAAAAGACAUUUGGGCAGGUACGUGGAUAGGAAAGGUUUAGAGGGAUACGGUUCAAGCCCAGGCGAAUGGACUAGCUCUGUUGGCCUACCUGGUCAGCACUGUCGAGUUGGGCUGAAAGGCCUGCUGUCAUGCUAUAAAGCUCUAUAAUUCUAACUCGUGACACCUUGGCAAGGGAGAGAUGUCUGAUGAUGAAAUGCCUGUUUUUGGUUUUGCUCCUCUGAGAUUGGCAGCUGGAUGCAGCGCAAACUGUCAAUUUGAAAAAAAAAAUUGCAGUGCGCUUUGCCCACUGAACUGAAUCCAAAUGGGUAUCUCCCUUUGGUGAGCUAGACUUGCGGAGGGAAAGAGGCAGAUUUAUAUCUGGAUUCAUAUAAUCUCACAUUACGUGCUCAGCUGCAGCCACAGAAAGGAGUGUGCUGUAUUUUCAAAUAGAAUUUAUUAAGUUUACAAGCUCAGAGCCUCUCAUCCAUGGAAUGACUGCUUCAUAGUUCUAUUGUGGCACGGGGCAGAAUGAUGAGCAAUACAGCCGUAUGUUUAUUUCCCCAUUCCUCCAGUCAGUGCACCCAUCUGAUAAGAGACAGCAGGUCACACUUGGCUAUGUGGACACUUUAUUUUGGCACCUUUUAAGGAGAUAUGCAUUUGUCAUAAUCAUCCCUAGCAUGACACUGACAGUAUAAGUUCUGCAUGAAUUUUGGUGAAGCACUAGCAUAUAAACUAUGUGGUACAUGAUUUACACACUGAGCAACGUUGUGAAACUGGUGAAUGUCAGCAGUGGUGGAGUGAUCCCGUGUUCACAAGAUGUGCACUGGAAUGUAAAUGGAUUCCAGUUGCAAUUUUUAGUAUUACAGUGGAUCCUUAUUGAAAUUAACUCCUCUUUAGAAAAGAAAACAAAAAAGCCCGUGGUAAGGCGCUCUACCGUUGGUGGUUUUGCCACCUCUUUAAUCAUGGAUGGCAUCUUCACCUUUAAUAUCGCAAGCCAAGGACCAUUUGGUGUGGCUGAAACAGGCCUCUAACUCUGGCACUUCCUAUGGGCUCAAGUCGUGGUUAAGGUUUCGGUACCUUGCAGCGGCUGUGUGCACCAUAGGGCCAGCAUCCAGGUGGCGGGUCGAAUGGUCCAGAAGGGCUCUGCCUCCGAUGAGAAACAGGCGAUUGGAGGACUCAGUGCUGACUUCCAUCUGUCCUCCUGACUGCAAUGUCAGCGAAAGGAACGGCAGAAAGUGGGAAGGAGUUGAUCCUGGGCAGGUUCCACUGUAAUCACUAUUGUUGAUAUCAUUUGUACAAGAAAGGUUCAGUAAAUACAUUGAAAUGUUUCUUCUGUAUUUAUCUGGCAUUUUUUAUUGAAAUCUAUUGACUAAAAGUUAUUG